AGUAACCACACCACCCUGAGUCAACCUCACACACAAAGAACAGUUUCCAACCCCCUCACCGCCCACGCGGCAAAUAGUAGCCUGAGCCGUCAGGCACCAAGCUUUCCUUCCCUUCCCUUCCUCCCUCCAGUCCGAUAACAAUUCAACAUCUAACCAACCCAGCACUGGCAGCCGCAAACACCGCACCGCACCGCACCGCAACCUCAAAAUUUCCUUCCACCCUCCAAGGAUUUAUCGUCAAUCAUACCAACCUCAACACCAAGCAAAACCCAAAAACCCAAUAAAUCUCUCAAUGGCCCUAGUCGCCUACUCCGACUCCGAAGCCUCGGACUCGGAACCCUCAACAACCACCACCUCCGCCACAAUCCCAACGAAGCCCACUUCAAGAUCAACAUCAACCACCGCACCAGCACCCACCUCAACCAACCCCCCCAAAACAAAAGCCCCUUCAACCUUCCAACUCGACAGCACCAACCCCCGCAAAAUCCGCGUCGCCCUCCCAGAUCUUAAGCCCGAAGCACCGGAAGAUGGCGACGGGGAUGGUCCCGCGCGCAAAAGGCCUCGGAUUGGCGGUACAGGCGCAGGCGCAGGCGCAUUCUCCGGCUUCAAUGCGCUGCUUCCUGCUCCCAAGAAACCGUCCUCGGUUUCUGGGUCCAAUAAGUCUGGUGAUGCGACUUCAGCUACGACGAAGACAACAAGGAAGGUGUUUAGUUUGAAAACGGGCGCGGCGCCGGGGUUUGAUCGGCAGGCUGAUGCGGAGUUGCGGAGUGAGAUGGCUUUUGGGCGGCUGGGUGGGGAGCACGAUCAUAAUGAUGAUGGAGGUGAUGGUGAUGAUAUUGUGGAUGGGGAGGAGGGGAGGAGUAAGGAUUCGGCGCCAAAGCAGCAGCAACAACCGCAGCAACAACCGCAGCAACAACCGCCGCAGGAGGUGAAAUUGGUGGGGAAUCCCAUGAUGUUUAAGCCUUUGUCUGUUGGGAGGGGGCAAGGGAAGACGAAGAGGAGGGGGCCGAUUGCUGUUUUUGCGGAUUCUGGGGUGGGGAAGAAGGAGGGAGGAAGUGGUGGUGGUGGUGGUGGUGGUGGUGGUGCUACUGCGACGACGACGACGACGACGACGACGACGACGACGACGACGCCGCCGCCAGCACCUGCACCACCCAAACCGAAGAUCAGUCUCUUUUCGCUAUCGUCGACCACGGAAGAGACCACAGCGCCGCCACCACCACCGGCAGCACCAACCCCCUACGAACCCCUAGUCUACACAUCCCAAGACGCAGUAGCAGCACCCGCCGGCCCCGAACCCGCUCCCGAACAAUCAUACCACCAACAAAUAUCUUCUAGCACCACCACCUCAGAAAACACCCUCAGCGCCAUCGCAGACGACCUGAACCUCAGCCGCGCCCAGCGGCGCCAGCUCUUCGGCCGCGCCGCUGCUGACCCCUCCACCGCGACGGCGGCGGCCGCCGCCCCGCGCGUCCUCCACUUCAACACCGACCGCGAGUACGCCGCCAACCAGCAGAUGGCCCAGGAGACGGACCUCGCGGCCGCGCAGCAUAACCCUGUCCGGGCGAUCGCGCCCGGUAAGCAUACGCUGCAGCAGCUGGUUAGUGCGGCGAGUACGCAGCGGGAGGCGCUGGAGGAGAGUUUCGCGACGGGCCGGAGGAAUAAGAAGGAGGCCGGGUCGAAGUAUGGAUGGUAGUUUAUUAUGUUCAUCUUUGGACGGUUGGGUUGGGGAGGGGAUGGAGGCUUUUUUUUUAGGUGGGCUGGGUAGGUGAUAGGGAGAGGAGGCAGUGGGGAUAGCUCAUGCUGGAUACCAUUUUGUGCGGUAAUAUUCUCUUACAGGUGUUCAAGGAGCAUUGAGAACUAGAUUGGGGGUUCCUUUUAUUCAUGGGAG